CAUCUCUGCACUUCCAAGUUCCUGCGAUGGAGUCCCUCCUACACUCUUCUGCAAAACUUGUUGCUCAGAGGCUACCAAGACUGAAAAUAAAAAGUGGGUUCUUUGGAAACCAAUGCCCUUUCUUCAAAUUUCCUCGGGAAAACUCUCACCUGGUUCGUAGAAAGCUUUUGAUUGUGGAGGCAAAGAAGAACAAAAGCAAUGAUAAUGAUAAGCAAGAUGCUCACAGUUUCAUCCCCAAACAAGAUGAGACCACUGGGUUUUUCCCUGAAGCUGUUCUCCUUAAAGAGAAGAAAGUUCAGGAAGAUGGUAGACUUCUCCCGGAGUUUGCUGAUGAAGAAGAACAAGAAUUGUAUGAAUCCCUCAACCUUCAGCUGCAAAGCGCGUUGAAUGUCGAACGCAUGCGACACUACGAGGUUGUUUACUUAAUUCACGAUAAGCAUGAUGAAGAGGUUGAAAAAGUCAAUGAGAAAAUUCAAGAUUUCUUGAGGGAGAAGAAAGGCAGGGUAUGGAGAUUGAAUGAUUGGGGUCUUCGGAGACUAGCGUACAAGAUAAAGAAGGCUAAGAAUGCCCACUACAUCUUGAUGAACUUUGAGUUGGAAGCUAGAUGGAUCAAUGACUUUAAGUCCAUGUUAGACCAAGAUGAAAGAGUCAUUCGACAUCUGGUGAUAAAAAGAGACGUGGCAAUCACCGAGGAUUGUCCACCUCCACCCGAGUGGCACACUCUUCGUGCAGGUGGAGAUGAUGAAGAUGAAGUUGAAGAUGGAGAUGAAGAUGAAGAUUAUGAUGAUGAGUAUGAAGUUGAAGAUGAAGAUGAUGAAGACCUUGAGGAGGAUUGGGAUGGAGAGGAUGACAACGAUGCCAUUAUUGCCGAGGAAGAUGAUUUAUUUGCUGAAGAAGAUGAUUACAUAGAAGAUUCGAAUCGCAGAAAAUCAGCGAGUGUCGGUAAUACUGGUAGAACAAAUCUUAAAGCUAAGCAAGUUGCUAAAUAGGUAACCUCCUUCUGAAUGUAUUCAGGUUUGUAUUGUAUGGUUAUCAGAUUUCAUGACUGUUAGGUAUUAAACGAAGAUAUUAUAAUUUUGUUAAUUGUUAUGAACAAUGGAAUCAUCUACAAAACCUCAAGAGCAACACUUUUAAUGG